CUCUGGAUGCUGGUGUGGAGAGGCAGCAGAGCAGCAGCAGCACACUCUGCUAAGCUGCAUGGAGACUCAGGGAGGGGCACGGAGCCCAGAGCCCAGUAAAGACAUCCAGAAGCUGCUGAAGCCCUCCAGCUCAGGUGACCUGUCCAAGGAGCUGCUCCACAUCGCAGCAGGAGACGAGGAGAGCAGCCUGUCAGGACACACAGCUGCCAGCCUGGAGGUACAAGAAAAAAGCAAGCCUCUGAGCAGCGUGUCGUCACUCGAGGUGCACUUUGACCUGCUGGACCUGACGGAGCUGACUGACAUGUCUGACCAGGAACUGGCUGAAGUGUUCGCCGACUCUGAUGAAGAAAACCACAACGAGUUUCCAGCAGGUUCCCAGCAGCCAUUGCUGCCCAGAGGUGGCUACAUGCGCUCCCCCUCCUGGACACGCUGCAGCAAAGUCGAAUCCCCACGAGAGAGAAAACACCACAGCGACUCAGACACAGCAGAUCCUCUACUGAGGCUGGACCGGCCAAAGCAGCCAUGACGUCUGACGUCAAACUAGAGAAGAGCGAGAGAGAGAGAGAGAGAGAGAGAGAGGGAGAGAGAGAGAGAGAGGGAGAGAGAGAGAGAGAGAGAGAGAGAGCGACGCAGAGCUCAACAGGCACAGCCAGAGCUGGAACACAUCCUGGACCAGGAGGAACCCAUCUGCCUCCAAGCAUGCACAUAUAACUAUCCAUGGUGCUGAACAGACAGUUCUGGUCGACCUCUGGAAACUAUACUCUGUAUUUAAACGUGUUGAGAUUUUGAAAUAACACUCUUAUUUUUUUUUUCAUGGCAUAUUCUCCUUUUUUUUUUCUCCUCUUACUCACACAAUAUCGAUCUGUUAUUUAUGCAAAGAUGCCUGUCAGAUCGUUUUUUUUUUUUAAGUUUGGUUUCUCUCUGAAUUACAGGGUAGGGGGCGAACAGACGUUUAGGGCCGACCGAUAUUAACCCUUCACCUCAGUGAGCAGGCAACACCUAACUUCCACCUGCGCGCCGUUGGUGGAAGUUAAGUUUUUGGAC